AUGUCGAACUCGAACCUCGAGGACGUAGGCCAUGCCAACGGCUUGACGGUCAAUGGGGUUGAUAGCAAGCCGACCUUGAACGGUGGACACCAACACCAACAGCCCAAACAAUCACAAUCACAUUGGCGCAUGGGUCAGCCUAUUCACACCGCACGGGAUAUGCGUGUUAUCUGCAUUGGGGCCGGAGCCUCAGGCCUGUGUCUGGCAUACAAAUUGCAAAGAUCAUUUGAGAAGUUCUCGUUGACCGUGUACGAGAAGAAUUCCGAGUGUUCAGGGACGUGGCACGAGAACACUUAUCCAGGCUGUGCUUGUGAUGUCCCGGCUCACAACUACACCUACUCGUGGGAGCCCAAGUACGACUGGUCGGCAGUGUAUGCGAAAGCGCCCGAGAUCAACCAGUACUUCAAUGACUUUGCAAAGAAAAACCGGCUCGAGGAAUACAUCAAGCUCCAGCAUCAGGUGGUCGGGGCCCACUGGAACGACAGCAGAGGGGAAUGGGACGUCCAGGUCACGGACUUGAGGUCGGGGAACGUCUUCGACGCCAGAUGCGACAUUCUGGUCAACGCGGCGGGCAUCUUAAAUGCCUGGCGGUGGCCGGCCAUUCCAGGCUUGCACAACUUCCAGGGGAAACUGGUGCAUAGCGCCAACUGGGACCAUUCUGUCGAACUGGAAGGGAAGCGUGUGGGCUUGAUCGGCAAUGGAUCAUCUGGCAUUCAAAUCCUACCCGCAAUCCAGCCGAUGGUGCAGAAGCUGGUUCAUUUCGUGAGGCAACCAACCUGGGUUUCCCCUGUCCAAGGACUCGAGCAACACAUCUACACGGAGGAGGAGUUGCAAUCAUUCCGGAACGAUCCCAAUCUUCUCCUGGAGUUGCGCAAGACCAACGAAACGAACCUCGACACCAUGACCCACAUUUUCAACCGAUACGGGGAGGCACAGCGGGAAGUCCGCGACCUGAUGACCAGACAGAUGAAGGAGAAAAUCAACCAUCCAGACCUCGACAAGCUUCUGAUCCCGGCUUGGAGCGUGGGCUGCCGCCGACUGACGCCGGGCGUGAACUACUUGGAGACUCUGACCAAGGAGAACGUCGAGGUGCAUUUUGGCGAAAUCUCUCGCAUGACCGAGAAAGGAGCCGUUCUCGACAACGGAGUGGAGCAUGAUCUCGAUGUGCUGGUCUGCGCCACGGGCUUUGAUACUUCUUUCAGGCCCCGAUUCCCAACUGUGGGGCUGGACGGCAUCGAUCUGCGAGAUCUCUGGAAAGAUGAAGCCAAAGGCUACUUGUCCUUGGCCGCGCCGAAGAUGCCCAACUACUUUAUGUUUCUUGGGCCAGCCUCACCUAUCGGCAACGGGCCGGUGAUCUCUGCCAUUGAAGCACAAGUGGACCACGCUCUGAUGAUGUGUGACCGUUGGCAGACGGAAAACAUCCACUCGUUUGUGCCCAAAGACGAAGCGGUCGCAGACUUCAACGACAUGAUUGACGAGUACAUGGCCGACAAGGUGUGGGAUGAAGAUUGUCGGUCAUGGUACAAGAACGGGAGCAAGAGUAACCGGGUGUCGGCGCUCUGGCCGGGGAGUUCUCUGCACUGUCUGGAGUUUCUGUCUCAUCUCCGAUCCGACGAUUGGCACAUCCGCUACGAGGGCAACCGGUUUGCUUGGUCGGGCAACGGGGCGAGCCAGACGGAAAUGGAUCCGACGGCAGACUGGGCAUGGUACAUCCGGAACGAGGACGACUCGCCCUUCAUCAGCAAGGGAAAGCAGAGGAAGGUUCUGACCAAAAGCGGCAGUAAGAGUACGAAGAAAGCGGGUGAUGCCAUGGCCAUGAACAACUUGGUGGGAGAGUAG